CUACAAGCUUAUCAGCUAAAUGACAAUUGACAUGCACAAUAAGUCCAUUCGCUUUCGUGCGAAGUGGGAUUAAGGAAAUGGAUUAAGUGAUCUUUUUCAAUGCAACACAAGUAGAGAAGGUAUCUUGUAUAUUGGUUUCAGCUGUUAAAUGCAGUGACGAGAACGUGACAACUAAAUGGAGUAAAUGGAGAGUUGUAGAGAAGGCAAAGAAGUAAUAGAAGUACCUGAAAGUUGAAACUAUGGGUGCUACUCACUAGACCACAACCCAAUUCUUCAAUAUAUAAUUUGUGUGGGCCAAAGGGUUUGCUUUUGUACCUUGAAUACUAUACCUUCUCUUUUGAAGACGACAAAUCAAGCUCUUCACAUGUGAAACCCUCCAUCAAAACCCGAGAACCCAUCACAACCAUCACCAAUUUUUCCUCUGAGGCACACAUCAAACACCUUGGGAUGGCUUCAAAAUAUGCGGUUCUCGGGUUGUUAGACAUGUUGGUGAUCAUGAUGCUGCUCAUGUCUGCAAGCGCAGACUUCGCCAAGGAUAGGGAGGAGUGCGCAGACCAGUUGGUUGGCCUCGCGACUUGUCUUCCUUACGUGGGGGGAGAAGGGAAGUCUCCAACUCUUGAUUGCUGUACAGGGCUGAAACAGGUCCUGCAGAAGGCCAGAAAGUGCCUAUGCAUACUGAUCAAGGAUCGGAAUGAUCCGAAUCUCGGUCUUAAGAUCAAUGCUACACUUGCUAUGGGCCUUCCCAGCGCCUGCCAUGCACCUGCUAACAUAUCUGCAUGUCCUGCUCUGCUGCAACUACCAGCAGGCUCACCUGAUGCUAAGAUAUUCGAGGAAUACGGGAACAGCACAGCUGCCAGCAAAAGCACCUCAGUUGCAAGUGCUAAGGCCAACUCAAGUAGUGGAUCAAGUGCUGAGAUGAAGAGCGAUGGUGGGAGGAGGAGAUGGGUGGGAGUAGAACUGGUUUUUGGGCUUUUGUUCCUGAUUGUUUCUCACCUCCUGCUUAGUUCUCUUUGAUGUUUGCAGGCACACAAUGUCCAGAGUCACCUCUACUAUCUUGAUAACCUACCUACCUACAUUGUUCUAUCCUUAUGUUGCAAUUGGUUUCUCUGUUGAUUUCAUUUGGUUCCGCAUCAAUUCAAAGUGACCACAUACCUCACGUGGAAUAGUUAUCAAUAAUGUGCUAGUAUACAUUUGUUAAUUGAAAGUGUGCUUUUUGUUGAGAUCA